AUGUGCUUCAUAUUGGCCUGCACCAACUACUUGGCUCGUCGAAACCCAAAGAUGUUCGUCAGAAUCUCCCAUCCGAUCGCAGUACUUUUCGUGAUCUUGACCACCUUCUUUUUUGUGGGGCUGCAUAUGUUUUACGUGGUGCCCCAGUUGUUAGAUGUCGCAGGAUUGAUGUACAAGCUCGACUGGCUACUGGCCAUCUUUACAAUGUACAAUAUCUUUGGCAAUAUGCUGGCCUGUCAUAUUACAAACACUUCGGUGGAGAGUCUGCCAAAGGAUCGGCAAUUUCCGGAACCGGGAGAGGAGCACCUAUGGCACUACUGCGAUAUUUGCCAAAAACUGAUGCCUCCAAGAUCCUGGCACUGCAUUUUGUGCAAGUGCUGCAUUCUGAAGCGGGACCACCACUGCAUUUUCACUGCCACUUGCAUUGGGCACAAUAAUCAGAGAUACUUUUUCUGGUUCACUUUCUUUAUGGCCUUGGGAACUGGCGCGGCCUGGGCCAUCCAUUUCAUUGCUACCCUGCAGUACUUCAGCUUUUCGGAUCUGAUAUCCUCGGAUUUUCAUAGGGAUAACUUACCUCCAUAUUGGCUUGUCUUCACCCUAAUACUCAAUAGUUACAUACUUGCAGCCCCUCUAUCUUCGAUGCUUCUGCAAAUAUCGGUACUUAUACUUAAUGGCACUUUGCACGACUUUAACAGUGAUACCUACGAUUUGGGCUUAUGGGAGAAUUUCAAAAUGAUUGUCGGCAAACAAGUCUUUUGGACAUUCCUCUCACCCACCGUUAAGAGUCCUUUGCUCCACGAUGGUACCCAAUGGAAUGAAAAACAGUCUGACAUCAUCAAGCAUUAAAAAGGUUUUGAAACUUAC